UCAAUCACGCCCCACACUUCCGGCUUUUAACUCUCAGCAAAACUCAGAGCCCACAGAGAGUAAGAGAAACACAUAACUCAUACCCUCUAUACCUUCAUAAUACCAGAGAGCAAGAGAGAGAUUUUCUUUGUUCUUUUUUUCUUAAAUUUUGUUGAGAGGUAGAGAUAUUAGGAUUUUAUUAAUUGAAGAGAGUAAAAGAGUGUGCGUUGUGUAGCCAUUAAUGCUUCUCAGCAAAAAAGCGUGAGGGCGACCUUUCAUUUUCCUUAACGAUAUUAAACUUCGACAUACUUAGAGCGACGCCUAACUUGCAGUCUUGAGGAGUUCAAAUGGACCUUAGUAAGGUAACGCUUGAGAUCUUUUCCAAGCUGGAGCAAAAAUGGCUUUCGCACUGUGAAAACUCUAAGAAAAAGCGAGUACUCAGCAUUGAUGGAGGUGGAACAACCGGCAUUGUCGCAGGGGCGGCUCUUAUACACCUGGAGGACCAGAUCCGCCUCAAAAUCGGUGAUCCUCAGGCUCGAAUCGCUGAUUUCUUUGACAUCAUUGCCGGCACUGGCAUUGGUGCCCUCCUGGCCGCCAUGCUUGCUGCUGAUGACGGCUUUGGCCGUCCUCUAUUCACUGCCAGAGAUGCAGUCGCAUUUAUAGCUGAGAACAACUCGGAGCUCUUCAAGGUCAAGCUCUCUGGAUUCCUCCACCGACGCAGAAGAUUCUCCGGCAAGACCAUAGACAAGGCUUUGAAGGAAGCAUUAAGCCGGGAUGACGGAACGAUCUUGACUUUGAAGGACACGUGUAAGCCUCUCCUUAUUCCUUGCUUUGAUCUCAACAGCUCUGCUCCUUUUGUUUUCUCCCGAGCGGAUGCGUCCGAGACACCGAGUUUUAACUUCGAUCUCUGGAAAGUCUGCCGCGCCACUCUAGCGACGCCAAGCCUCUUCAAGCCGUUCAACUUGACGUCGGUCGACGGCAAGACCUCUUGCUGUGCUAUUGACGGUGGUGUAGUUAUGAACAACCCUACGGCUGCGGCAGUUACUCAUGUUCUUCACAACAAACGGGAUUUUCCGUCGGUUAACGGAGUGGAGGAUCUGCUGGUUCUGUCGUUAGGUAACGGUCCAUUGAGUGGAUCGUCAAGUAAGAGAAAUCUCCGCCAUAACGGCGAGUGCUCGACUUCGUCGGUUGUUGAUAUUGUGCUUGAUGGUGUUUCGGAGACUGUAGACCAAAUGUUGGGGAACGCUUUUUGUUGGAACCGUUCAGACUAUGUCAGAAUCCAGGCAAAUGGAUUGACAAGCGGUGGACUUGUGGGCCCGAGAGUUGAAAACGAGGUGUUGAAGGAGAGAGGAGUUGAAUCGUUGCCGUUUGGCGGGAAGCGGUUAUUGACGGAGACCAAUGCGGAAAGAAUCGAGAGCUUCGUGCAACGUCUUGUUGCUUCAGGAAGGAGUAGCUUGCCUCCUAGUCCCUGCAAGGAUUCCGCCGUUAGCCCUCUUGCCAACGGCCGUUAACUAGUUUUGCCCCCUCCUCUUGUAAUAAAUUUUUUUUUUAAUCCUGUUUUAACCUUUUGUAACCAACCUCGGGUUUACUUAACCAUAUGUGUUUCGAGUUAAACAGGUAGUAGCUGAUAAUAACCUGUUCAGACUUCAGACCAUUUCCUAACUUUCUACUGUCUAUCUCUCAGAGUGGUUAAAUAAAUUGAUUAGGUGUUCCUUUGACUGAGGACAAAUUAAUUA